AUGAUUGCACUGGGCCCUCUCUGCUCCCUUGGGAGCUUGUUCCUCUUGGCUGCUCUGCUCCCUCUGGAGCUGAGUAUGGGGGAGGAAGGGAAGGAGCCAGCUGCCCUGAGUGCCCUGGCUAGGGUGCCUUCCUUGCCCCUCAUCCAGGUGCUGCUGAAGCAGGUCCCCAAUGUCUGGCCCUGCUGCCACCGGAAGCAGCUGGCCAGCAGGCAACCGCUGCGUUACAUGCUCAACCUGUACCAGAAUGUGGCAGACCAGGCUGGGCGACCCCGCCAGAACCGUAAGCUGGGUGCCAAUGCUGUGCGCCUGGUCAGGCCCUUUGCCAAGACAAGGCGGCCUGGGGCAGGUCCCUGGUACAUGCAGACUCUCAACUACCACCUGAAUGUCCAGCCAGGAAUGGAACAUUUGGUGAGAGCCACUGUGGUUUAUUCUAAGACUCUGCUGCUGGCUCAUGCCCAGCUCUUUUGUGUGGUUCAGUUGGCUGGGGAAGCUGGGGUUCCAAAGCUCUCACCCCCUCGAAGAGGCAAGAGGAAUGCCCUUGUCUCCUCUAGGAUGGACAGCUGGGAGGAGAGGGACAUCACCUCCCACUCUUUGCCAUGGGCCUGGGACUCCAAGAAGAGCCAGCUGCUCCGCCUUAAUCAUGUGUGUAGCUGUCUGGGACCAGCUGAUGGCUCAGAGCCUGAAGUUGGCUGGGAGAAGACUGCUUCCUUGAAUGACCCUUUCCUGUUGCUCUACCUCAAUGACACUCGGCAGGGCCUCCGGGCCAAGCUGGGGGAAGCUGGCUUGAAGGAAACUCCUGAUGGGCCAGUGCUGAGUCGCAAAGCUCGCCAGGCAGGCAACCUCAUUCUGGAUCUCCCCAGCUACUCGCAGAAGACCAGCGCUGAGAAGGACGAGUGUGCUCUCCGCUCCUUCCGGGUCAGCUUCAACCAGCUGGGCUGGGACCACUGGAUCAUAGCCCCGCACCGGUACAACCCCAAAUACUGCAAGGGCACAUGCCCCCGCAUCCUACGCUAUGGCUACAACUCCCCCAACCAUGCCAUCGUGCAGAACUUCAUCAACCAGCUGGUGGACCAGAGUGUCCCCCGACCCUCCUGCGUGCCCUACAAGUAUAGUCCCAUCAGCGUGCUGAUGAUUGAGCCUAGUGGCAGCAUCCUCUACAAAGAGUAUGAAGACAUGAUAGCAGAGUCCUGCACCUGUAGAUAAAGUCCUCCGCACUUGAACCAUUCAUCAUGUCUAACAACCUUCAGAGCUUGCAUGAAGACAUGGUGAUCCUUCACCUGGCCUCCCCACAUCAACUCAGUCUCUGGUGAACCAGAUGCCCAGCUGUCUGAAUUAGUUUGCUCAAUGUGCCUUUUUUUUUUCUUGGUCCUCUGCCUCCACCCUCCAUUGCACAAUGGACACUGGGCUCUGCUGGGACAUUUUACAAAUGGAUUUUUAUGCAAAUAUUGUGGAAUAGCAGUUUUUAAAGGGAAGAGUUUGCUGGGCCUUGUACUAAAGGACUGCCACUCUGUAUCUUCUCCUUGGGGCACUCCUCUUCCUGCUAGGGAGCUUUAUGGGGACUGGAUGGAAGCAUGACCAGUCAAAUGGCUCAACCUUUGGCAGGGAGGUGAGAUGGACUGGCAUCUGGAGAACAUGCUAAUUGUCAUGCCAUCUGGGUUUUGUCUGAUGUUCUUUGAGCUUCCACUUGUGAAGUAGAACUGGCUCCGUCUUUUAUGAAGAGACUGCUCCAUUUGAGAACAGCUGCGUGGCCAAGUGGGAACUGGGCAUGGCUCCAACGCACCAAGGGGCCAUGGAGAAGGUGGCAAUGUGCUUGUCGGAACUCUCUAGAGGACUAGUGGCUAGGCUGGAGUUGUGGGUGAGAUGCAUGGAGCUUGGGCCUCUUCUACUGAAGAUUUUGGUGCAGGGAAGCGAAAUCUUCUGCAGGCAAAUGGAACCUAAAAUGAGUCUGGAGCAGGGAGUGAUGACACCAAUUGGUUCUAAUGCUCAAAGGCUUCCCCCUCUCACCAGUGCUGACUUGUUGGGUUCUGUGUGGGUCCUUCACUUUAAGGGCUUCCAUAUACUUAAUUUGAGUUUAGGCUGGUACUGGCCUGUGACUUCUGUAUCUGCUCUGUCCCCCUACUCCAGCUCUGGCGUUAGCCACUAAUCCCAGUAGAUUGCAUGUAUCCUUGACCUGUCCAAAUAAAUACCUUUGUAGUCUGCAUCAGUAGCUUGUUGGGCUGUGUGAGAUAGGGGCUGGCCAGAGGGCUCUAGAGACAAUGCAUGGUGAGGGUGGAGCGCAGGAUCUGGAAAGUCACUUUCACAAAGCCCUGUGUCCUUCUGGGCCAUGGCUUUGGGGGGGGGGGGGAAGGAGGUUUUUACAAGACCUUCUCUAGGAACUGAAAGGAACACUUCAAGUGAAGUGCUAAACUUUUUUAAAGCUUAAAAAGGCAACCCCUUGCAAGGCCUGAUGAAGUUGUGAUGUAACUCAUCUCCUAGCACGAGGGCCUGGUCACGAAAGGCCUCCAGCAAGUUCUGGCUAAUCCCCUGUCACUGGGAUCGCUAGUAAAUUGCCCUCCUUUACUAGACACUUGUUUUAGACUCUCUUGGAACUACCUGAAACCCAUCACUCCCCCAGAUCAACUUGGAUGAGAUUUUAGUCUUUAGUGCAACCUUUUUCUUUUCUUUUCCCUUUGGCUCGAAGCACCUUAGAAGCAGAGUCCAGAGACCUUUCUCCUAGUCUUUCCUCUUUGCCUAUUGCUGCACCAACCUGAGUGUCCCCCAGUUCUACUGAACUCUGGUUACACAGCUGCUUGGCUUUCACUUCUUUCUUUUCUGUGAAUGGAUUGUAGCCUGCCAUAAUCUAAUGAAUUCCUGUUACAGCCUGGAUCUUUUCUAUUUAUUAUAUGCUGUAUUUAAAUGUUUAUGUAAAUAAAUUGGUCUGUUUUGCUAAAGAGAA